UGCAGAGAGGUUAUGGCAAAGGCAAGGCAGGUAAGUAAGUAAGAAGUAAGAAGUAAGAAGUAAGAAGGAAAAGCGAUGAAGGUAUUGCAAAUAUAAUAUAAUAAGUAAGAAUCAAUAUUCACUUGGCUUGGCUUCUUUAAACCACCAUGGCAAAGGCUGCCCUGCCUCGGACCGAUCGUUUUCUGGGAACACUCUACACGCAAGGCUCGGCCGCCGCGGACUCCUCCGAGUUCCGGGAGGAGGAGAUGUGGUCCAUGACGGAGGCGGAGGUGAAUGGGGACUGGGACUGGGAGAGACGGGCGGCGCCGCGGCGGAGGAGCAGGGACCAGGUGGGGGGCCUGUCGCUGGCGUUCGAGGAUCCGGGGUGUGGUACGAGGAUCGUGCAGCAGCAGUACGCGGUUUCCUCGCCACGUCCACACCAAAUGCCUACGUCAGCACCCGUCAACGUGCCCGAUUGGAGCAAGAUCCUUAGGGUGGACGUGGACUCGCUGCAGGGGAUGGUGGACCAUGCGUUCGAGCCGGAGGAGACCGAGUCGGAGAUGGUUCCGCCGCACCAGUACUUGGCCCGUAGCCGGAACAUGGCUUCCAACUCCGUUUUCGAGGGAGUCGGUCGCACCUUGAAGGGCCGCGACAUGCGACGGGUUCGCGACGCCGUUUGGAGCCAGACUGGGUUCGAUGGUUGACACUUUACUUCUUUUUUUACCUUCAACCAUAUCAAAUCCAAUGUAAUCCCCUUUUCCCAAGGAAUGCAAUUGCAAUUCACUAUUCUCUAUUCACUAUUCUCUUCUCUCUUUUCGGAUACAUAAUAAUACAUUUCUAUUCUGCUUC